AUCUGGAUAUAGGCUGGAUUAAGUACCUACUACUAUGCACAUUGCGAUUUUGCUUCUUGUGUUCGUUAGCGUCGUUUGUGAAGGAGCUAAAAAACCUGAAAUUCGCCCUUUUCACUUUACCGGCGAUCUAUCACUUGGUAAAAGAGUGACAGUAGCAUGUUCUGUGAUUGAUGGUGAUCCACCAUUUCAAUUCACGUGGUUUAAGGACAAUAUUCCUGUGGAAACCUCAGGAAAUAUUCAUACCAGGACAUACGAGGAUGAUUUUCUUUCAAAUUUGAUCAUCUCUAAACUGGAGUCGGACAGUAAUGGAAACUAUACAUGCAGAGUGUUAAAUGCGGCCGGGAAAGACGAGCAUUCCGCUGUUUUGCUCAUAAAGGUGUCUGAAAACAUGACGAUAUUUCUUACGUUGAUAGCCGUCCUUCUGCUAGAGAUCAGCGAAAUAUUUGCAGAUAUGCCUAAAAUGAGCCCUAUCCACUUUCCUUCUGAAUUAGACGUGGGCAUGAGAGCUUCGGUGCACUGCAUUGUCCUGCAAGGAGAGCCUCCGUUCGAAUUUUCGUGGUUCAAAGACGGGCAACCUCUCAUUCUGGACCGUGGUAUCUCGAUCCGAAAGACCGAUGAAUACACAUCUAACAUGGUGAUUGCGAAGGUAAACGCCGAGAGUAAUGGCAACUAUAGUUGCAGAAUUGCCAAUUCUGAAGGUCAUGAUCAAACAUCAGCCAUUCUCUCAGUAAAAGUAUCUCCGCAGUGGGUGCAGGAGCCCAAAGAUCUCUCCACCAUGGGAGGGCAGACAGUCACGCUGGACUGCGUCACCAGAGGAUAUCCCAAGCCAACAGUCGUCUGGAGGAAGAAGAACGAGGAUGGUGGAGAAAUAAUGGUGACAGACAAUUCCCGAUGGAGAGUAAUGGAAAACGGUUCGCUGCUGUUCAAAAAAAUUGACAAAGGAGACGAAGGUGUUUAUACAUGUGAAGUGUCUAACGGCGUGGGAGAAACCAUUAGAAAAUCAGCCAGGCUUGACGUCAAAGCUCCUCCCCGGAUUAGUUCCGCAUACCGCAUCAAAAGUGCCCGCAAAGCUGAGUCGGCCACCCUCGUUUGUGAGGCGGAGGGGGAUCAACCAUUAAUGACGUCAUGGGCCAAGAAUGGAAUUGGUAUGCAAACCACGGGCAGGGUUCAGAUCAAUGAGGAACUGUCCGCAACGGGAAUCAUCGCUCAGUUGACCAUCCUUUCCACCCACAGGAGCGAUGGUGGAUCCUACACCUGCUCCGCCAAGAAUAGGUUCGGAGAAGUCAACAACACCGUCGUUCUCAGGAUUGUCGAGCCACCAGAGAGACCCGUAUCCGUGAAAGUCGGCGAGGUCUGGAGUCGUGCUGCUACCGUGUCCUGGUCACCACCUUUUGACGGAAAUAGUCCCAUCACUCAAUAUCUUGUGCAUUACUGGAAAGAUAUUGAAGGAACUUCCCAUCGUCUUCAAGAACGUAAUGUACCUGCCACACAAACUUCCGUUCUUCUGGGGGACUUGCAGCCAGGAACCACCUAUUUGCUGAGGGUGGUAGCCGAGAACGAUGUUGGCAGAGGAGAAUCGUCAGAACCUUUUAAACUGCGCACGGAAGAAGAAGCUCCUUCAGCACCUCCAACCGACGUUGCUGUCAUUGCAACUGGCCCCACAAGUGUCUCCAUCACGUGGAAGGCCCCUCCUCGUGAACACUGGAAUGGUCGUCUGCUGGGCUACUACGUGGGCUACAAACGCCACCAGUCCAUGGAGCCUUAUGCCUACCAUACCGUGCCUGCUGGACGAUCCACUCAUGCGGAUUACAGACUGACCAGGCUUCAGAAAGCCACCAGGUAUUCGAUCAUCGUCAAGGCGUUUAACUCAGUUGGCUCAAAUCCAGAAUCUCAUGAACUGCUCGUCGAGACCUCCGACAAAGAUAGCCUGAAACCACCCCACCUCUACGUAUCCGAGACGAGCGACACGACAGCUCUGCUCGAGUGGGAACAUCCUCGGGAUCUCCCAGAGAAUGUCUUUACACAUUACAUGGUGUACUACCGUCCCGGUUCCGAGGGCAGCUGGCACAGCGUCCACGUUCCUGCGAAAGACAAGCGCUUCAAGCUGACCUCGCUGGAGAGCGGCACCAAGUACCAGGUCUAUCUGACAGCGUACUCGGAGUCCGGGGUCAGCGAUCCGAGUGACACCCUGACAUUGCUCACGGAAGGCAAAGCUAUGGCGCCAUCUAUCGUCAGCGUUAGUGGGGAUACACCAUAUUUUCUGAAACUACAUUUCAUAAUACCCGUGGCGGCAUCUAUUGUCAUAAUAGUCAUAGUAAUUGUAGUUGCAUGGGUUUGGGUGAAAAAAGCUCAAUUCAGGGAUGAAAGAGAAGCAGCUCGUGUGUCCUUAUAUGCAGAGGCUUACUACACCCUUCCCCAUAAAGGGGCCACUUAUUUCGCUCCUCCAGCCCAACAGAUAGUGGCAGCGGGUGGACCGAAUCAAGAUGACGCCUAUGAUGUACCUUGGGAUUUACCUGCUAGACCUAAGAUGUAGUUGUUAGUCAGCAGCCAAAAGAAAAGGAAAAAAAUCAGCAAGUGGCCAUGUAACCAACGAUGUUUCAAUUACUGCAUUUUUCUACCAUUUUGUAAGAUUCGAUAGUCAUGUGAUGUUGAGUUGUGUCGUAAAAGUGUUCCUUUAAUCCAGACGAGUUUGUUGAAAUCUGUAUCGAUUAAUUCCUAAAUGAAAACUAUAUAUUCACAUUCAUGAAGACUUGCAACAAAACAUUAACAUGCUAUUCAGACAUAUAAAUUAAUUAAAAAUCAGUAAAUUUCUAUCUAAAGUAUUAUGAUAAGAAUAAUCCCUGAUUAAAGAAAACCUUGAAAAUUAUUAGAAAAUAUUUCCACGGUAAGAUAUUUUCACAGUGGAUUUAUUCGGUAUUGUUUUCCACAAGCUCAAGCAUAAUCUUUGAUGUAUUUUAUAGCCAUAUCAACCACCAUUUUAUAUGGAUUUACGAACUUUUGCCAGAACUUGUACAUAUUUGUAAAUUUUGUUUUUGUCUUCACUGCAGUUGCUACUACUAUGCUCGUCGUCUUUCUUUUUUUUUUCUAAUAAAUGUUCUUUUUGUAUAAGAA